AUGGCAUCUGAAUACACCAGCAAUUUUACUGCUCAGCCUGGCCCCGCAGACCGAUUGACAAGCUGCAAGGAUGAAGACUUCAUACAGGUGAAAUCCUACCUCUCGGUCCUUUACAGCCUAAUCUUCCUGGUGUGCUUCCCAGGGAAUAUUGUGACAAUUUUUGUUUACUGUGUUAAGAUGAGGCCCUGGAAAAGCAGCACCAUCAUUAUGUUAAACCUGGCUAUCACUGACCUAUURUACGUAGUCACGCUUCCUUUCUUUAUACACUACUAUGCUAAUGGAAAUAACUGGAUUUUUGGAGACUUCAUGUGCAAGUUUAUUCAGUUUUGUUUCUACUUCAACAUGUACAGUGGUAUUAUCUUCCUGAGCUGCUUCAGCAUCUUCCGCUUUUUGGUAGUUGUGCACCCAAUGAAAUGCCUUUUCYUGCGGAAGCGAAGGUGGGCAGUGGUGAUUUGUGCAGCCAUUUGGGUGAUUUCCCUGGUGGCCCUCAGCCCCUUGGCCUUCCUGAUUGCCCCACAUCACAGCCAGAAUAGGACGAUCUGCCCAGACCUGGCUGCUGCUGAGGACUUUGACACCAGUCGCUGGUACAACUGGGUGCUGACGGUGUUUGCCUUCUUCGUGCCCUUGCUGACGGUGACUCUGUGCUACGUGCUCAUCAUUGGCAUCUUGGCCACCGGGCCGCACACACAGGCUUGCUACAAACAAAAGGCUCGCAGACUCACUGUUCUCCUCCUGGCAGUCUUCUAUGUCUGCUUCCUGCCCUUCCAUGUCUUUCGAGGGAUUCGCCUGGAGCUCCGAGUACAACCCGUUAGCUGCCACUUGAAGAGAACCAUCCAUUUUAUGUUUAUUAUAACAAAACCAUUAGCAGCGUUAAAUACUUUUGGAAAUUUACUGCUCUAUGUAGUGUCAGGAGAUAACUUCCAGCAGGCGAUCCUCUCGCUCUUCAAGUUUUGGACAAACAAGAGUGUGAAGUAGAAGAGAUUGAUGCCAUUCAACAUUUACAGAGGAAGGACCAAAACCUGCCCUCAACCAGCCAGGAACAAUCUCCCAGCCA